AUGAAGAUCUUAUUGAUAAAUUACUUAUCAUUUAUCACAGUUAUAAGUAGAGUAACUAUCGCAUACAACUGUAAAAUAAUAGAUGGAGUUUGUAACCUUAGACGCACACUAAUUAAUCUCAAAAGAAGUGAAAAUAAAACUUUAAUGCCUUAUAAGAAGUAUAAUUUAUCUUUUAUCGGAUUAAAUAACAAUUUUCGAAACAAUGUAUUAGUAAAAAAAUAUAUUUGUAAUGGAUUGUAUUCUCUUGAACAGGCACAAGAACCUUCUCAAAUUGGUUCCACCAGUGAAAUAUCUAAAGAGGAAUAUGAUAUAUUUCCAGAUAUAACUCCUAUUGAAAAUACCGGUGAGACUUUAGUAUUUUCAGAUUUUUCCGACCUUUAUAAGGAUCUGACCAUUCCUGUCAAGUCUGAUCAAUCUCCUGAUAAAACCGAGACGACUUCAGAAGGUUUUGAUAAGUUCACAGAUGAUGAAUUAGAAAGGGAAUUUAUACUUGAGGAAAGUGUUUAUUCUCUUUCUAAGAGACUUUUUGUAAAGAAACUAUUUAAAAAAUUGCCACAAAUUGUAGAUACUAAGCCAUUCUUGGUAAGGUCAAAAGCAUACGUAAAGGGUAAGGUUGGAUCCAAAUGCGACCUGAGUAUGUUUGAUUCUAACAAGGUGAAAACUGCUGAUAUUAAAGAAAAGCCAUUUGAAGAUAUUAAAAGUAUUCUCCCGGGAGUCUUUACUGGUCUUCAUACACUGAAGCACACUAAGAAGAGAAUUAUCCGUGAGCUGAAAGUAAAGCUUGAUUUAUAUGUUAAGGCAAUUACAUCUCAACUUAAAAACAUUACUAAUUUUUAUGGUCAAUUGCUCAAAUAUAUUCAUCCAUUUCAGUACACCAUGUUGAAGACAUGUUUGCAUGAGCUAUAUUCAACUGGUAAAUCGAAAAUAUCUUUUGAUAAACUUAUGGACGAACUCGAACUUGCAAAAAAACAGAUAAUUUUUAGAGGAAGUGACAUAAACAAACAAAUUGGUAAUAUAAAGAAAUGUAGGCAUGCCUUUAAUUUCGUUAAGGAAAAUAUAUUCGAAUUGGACUCACUUUAUUCAAGUUUUCAAAAUCUUUAUGACCAUUAUAAACAAUAUUCUACUGUUUUAACAGGUUUACCUCUUGUGGAUAUUGAAAAACCUAUAAUUUCGAUCAUUGGUCACGUUAACGUCGGGAAAACAACUUUAUUCAACAAAUUAUCUAGAGGUUUAAUAUUAACUGAUUUAAAGGAUCAUGUUGAGAUUAUUUCAGACUCUCUUGGAUUACGUUGGUCUAAUCUUAAAAAUAAUUUCAAAAAAUUAAAUAAAGAGGGAAAGGUUGCCGACUAUAAAUUCACUACUAGGGGGAUAAAUUUGUCUAUUUUAACAUACAAAGUAAAUAAUUUCAUAUAUGAAGGUCAGGUCAUAGAUACUCCAGGAUUAUUGUGGCGCCAAGGUCAUACAAAUUAUAAUCCUUACGAAAAACUAACUGUAAGUUCAUAUUUAAAUUAUUACUUUUUAGUAUUCUGCCUUGAAAGAUUUACCUUCCGGAGUUAUAUUUUGUUUUGA